UAAUACAAAAUAUUCUCUUACCAUCAUCUCCUUCCUCUGAUCCACUCCCCAACUUCCCUCAUCCCCUCUCUCUUACACAUACAUAGAUGAGAAGCUGAAACAGAGCCAGUCACCUUCAUAAGCCCUACAAUUCUUCAAUCCAUGGCGAGAACUCUAAUCUCAUCUCCAGCCUUCAUCGGAACGCCCCUCCCUUCCCUCUCUCGCCAUGGCCUCUACAAUCUCCCACAACGCAGACUUAUCACCACCAGAGUCAAAUUCAGCUUCCAAGGCCUUCCUCCAAUUCAAUCUCUCGACUCUUCUUUCGAUUUCAGUUCAAUUGCUAGCCGAGCAGAGGGCCUUCUCUACACACUCGCUGAUGCUGCCGUGGCCGUCGAUUCUGCUGCCGGUGGCACCGCCUCCGGCUCCACCGAUGCCACUGUCCAGAAAAGCGGAGGGUGGUUCGGCUUUAUCUCCGACGCCAUGGAAGUUGUUUUGAAGGUACUGGAGGAUGGACUCACAGCUGUACAUUUGCCUUAUGCCUAUGGAUUUGCAAUUAUAUUGCUUACCGUUCUCGUGAAAAUUGCCACAUUUCCUUUAACAAAGCAGCAGGUUGAAUCAACACUGGCAAUGCAAAACCUUCAACCAAAGAUCAAAGCAAUCCAACAAAGAUAUGCGGGAAAUCAGGAAAGAAUACAACUUGAGACAUCACGUCUUUAUAAACAGGCAGGGGUUAAUCCUUUGGCAGGAUGUUUCCCAACCUUGGCUACAAUACCAGUCUGGAUAGGUUUAUAUCAAGCUCUUUCAAAUGUGGCAAAUGAGGGACUACUGACAGAAGGUUUCUUUUGGAUUCCCUCUUUGGGUGGCCCAACUACGAUUGCUGCUCGACAAAAUGGAUCUGGAAUUUCUUGGCUUUUCCCAUUUGUGGAUGGGCAUCCACCAUUAGGUUGGCAUGAUACUGCAGCAUACCUUGUUUUACCUGUUCUCCUUGUAGUUUCUCAGUUUGUUUCAAUGGAACUGAUGAAGCCUCCACAGAGUGAUGAUCCAUCUCAAAAAAACACGCUUCUCGUUUUGAAGUUUCUUCCUCUUAUGAUUGGUUACUUUUCUUUAUCCGUCCCAUCGGGAUUAUCAAUUUACUGGUUCACAAACAACGUCCUCAGCACUGCACAGCAAGUAUGGUUACGAAAAUUAGGUGGCGCAAAGCCUGUUGUGAGUGAGAAUGCAAGUGGGAUCAUCAGUGCAGGACGUGCAAAACGAUCAGCUUCACAGCCGGCAAGUCCUGGUGACAGGUUUAGUAAGUUAAAAGAAGAAGAAAAGAAGAAAAAUUUGAGUAAGGCACUGCCUUCAGAACAAGUUCAGACUUUGGCUUCUACAUCUGAUUCUGAAGAUGAGUCAGAUAAAGUGAAUACAGCCAAGGAUGAGCAGGUUCUGGAGGAGGCAUAUGCUCCUCGUGGUAGCAAACAGGUUCCUGAUUAUUCUGGGCCAAAGAGGAGUAAGCGAUCCAAGAGGAAGCGUUCGGUAUGAAUAUGUAUACUAAUUUGUGUGUAGUUUCCACUGUAUAGAUACUUAUCUUAGUGAAAUUAUAGUGGCCAUUUUGAUACCGGCUUGUUCAUUUAAGGUCUACUACUACCAAUGAUGAAAAUCCAUUGUUUGUUAGAUUUAAAAGAUCACAUUAACCAUUGUAUGUU